CCGCAGUAAUCUUGGUUUUGGGAAACUCAACUUCCGGCAAUAACAAUGUCGAACUUAAGUUUUAACUACUUUCUAGUUAGUUAGCGAAAACGUUCUUCGCUUUUUUGUCCUGCCUUUCGAUUCAAGCUUCCACAUACCUUGUUUAUUUUUUCACACAGCUUGACCACAGUCCUUCACUUAUUAUUCUUUUUCUUUGUGAAUGUCAAGUGGGAGACACAAAAUUGUAAAAGUGACGCCGACAGACAGUGACAGUUAAGACAGUAGACAGUCUCUAACACUAGUUAAGUGUCCCUAGUCAGGCCACUGAAACUAUUUGAAUUUGCAGUUAUCUUUUUAUUUCACUUUAAAACUUAAAACUGGCUGUGUGAACUAGAUUAAGAAAGUUGAUAGAGCUGUUGAUAAAUGUUAUUAUUUUUGUUAGGCCUACACUCACUACACACUACACAACUAGCCUUGAACUCGGUAGUGUAAGUAGUACUAGUUACUACUAUUUCUUAGUCUUAGAGAUACAAUCUGCCCAUGUAUUUUAUUAUAUGUUAAAUCAUUAAAUAGUAAUUAUAAAUAAAUCAUUAAUUUACUUACAGAUACAAAAAUACCCCGUAUAAGGCUCUAAAACAUAGCAUUUUUUAAAAUAAAGUAUCAGGUGGUUUUUUUUUUUAAAGACUUAACAACAUAAUAAAAUAAUGAUUAUAUAAUUUUCAAAUAUUCAUCAGCAAAUUUCAUCAAAUUCAAUCAAUGAAUAGUCACUGAAGAGAAAUGCUGCAGCCUGGAUAUGUGCUGGUUCAUGAUUGGAUAAGAUUACCUGAAGGUGCAGAAAUUCUGCGCUCUAUAUCUUCCAUAAAUGGACAUCAUUUAAGACCAUACGGUAAAAUUAUAAAUAAAUUUAACAAGGAAUACCACUGUAAAAUAUAACUGUUCAUAAUAAGUACUUAUAUUAUGCAGUAAUUCCAGGGUUUUAAUCUGACAAAACAAUACAAUCCUAAUUUACGAAACUCGUCUGUUAGGUUUACUGGAGCGCCCAAGCCUGCCAUCAAAUUUUCAAGUUGAGGAUGUAAACUAUAAGAUUGCAGUAGUUGGUAAAAGUGGUGUUGGAAAGACCUCAACAAUUGCCAGGCUUUCUGGUCAUCCAGUUCCGAGCACUCACAGUGAGACUGCAGGUAUAAUCUGGCAUGAUCAUUAAUUAGAUUUAUAUCUUUAAAUGAAAUAAUAUGUCUCAUUUUGUUUAGCUAACCAGAUUUCUUCUGGUAAACAACACAAAUGUUUCAUUUCCAUUUUGUUGUUAUUUUAAGGAAUACAGGUGACAAAGAUGUAUUGGCCUGUGAAAAUAGCACAUCUGAAUAAAAUUGUUAUGAUGAACUUGUCUUUAUGGGACACAGGGGAAAUAGCGGUCAAGAAAUUUGAUCAUAUUUUGCCGGUAAGUCUAGUGGAAAAGGGAACAAAGUUUUAUAAUGUAGAUAAAAGCAGAAAUCUUUAGUAACAACUGAAAAUGAUGCUGAACUUUUAGCUGAAAUCUUUCUGUCUAUAUAUUAAUGUGGGUGUGCUAUUUAAAAAAUAAAUUUUAUGACAGAAUAUAAAUGAAAGAAAUAGCUCUUAUUUAAAUAAUUAAGGGCCUUCACUAUGCAAUUUUAGCCUGUCUUUCUUUUACCUUUAUCCUUUAAAAGCGUCUCCAUUAGCAGUCCUUAAUUCUCUGAAAUGUAUCUUUUAGUAAUUCAUCACUUUGAUGCUAUUAUUGUAGUCAGAUCUGGCAUUAUCCUAUAACAAUUUAUGACUUUGAUUAAUUUGUUGAACCCUAGGCCUGUAAGUCUGAUGUCGAUGGUAUUCUUUUCCUGUUCUCCUUUGUUGACAAGGGCAGCUGGGAGGAGAUACCUCACCUCAUCUCUAGAUUGACCGAUCCUCAGGAUCAACUUUCCAAAAUCGUCAUCGGUACAAAGUAUCCUUUUUUAUUAUAGUGUCUAUUACACCAAGUUAUUAUUUUAACACCAAAGAUCCACAUUAUGCAGUUCCACAGCAGUUGAAUUUUUCAUUUAUAUCAAUCCAACAAAUUAGGUCGUCCAUAUUUCAAAGCGACAAAACAGUUGUAUAAUAAAGUUGUAAAUGUUGUAGUAUGCAGAUAUAGAGGUUAUUUACUAGAUGUGCUCUAUGGAUUUAAAGUUUAUUUACUAGAUGUGCUUUACGGAUCUAAAGGUUAGUUACUUGAUAUGCUAUAUGCAUAUGAGGUUUAUUUACUAGAUGUGCUAUAUGGCUCUAAGGGUUAUUGUCUAGAUGUGCUACAUGGAUUACUAGAUGUGCUUUAUGGAUAUACAGGAUAUUUACUAGAUGAGUUUUAUGGAUUACUAGAUGUGCUUUAUGGAUUUAAAGUUUAUUUACAGUACUCUGCAGAAGAAGAAUGUUAUAAUUAAUACUAAUGAUCUAAAGAAAAGGGGGGUCAGUUAUUAUAGAGUUUCAUAGAGAAAUGAUAUUUAUGUCUGAAUACGUCCGUUGUGUUCUCCUAACAUACGUCCGUUGUGUUCUCCUAACACAUAAGAUCAUGCUUUGAACAUUUUCACAAUCCCUAUACAGGUCAAAUAACCAUCAAAUGUUUUUUCUCUAACCGAUGUCCAGAUUUGACCAGUACGCACACAGUGAAGUCAGUCAACGAGAGUUGCGUGAGUUUGAGUCCAGGUGGCAGAUGCCCGUGCUGAAGAUGUGCAACAUUGCAUCCCAGGAGACCGGCGUAGGCCUCUGUGACAUCAUCCCCGUGUUAAACUGUAUCUGUGAGCACCUGUGGCACAGGGAUGUCUUGAAAGAAGAGCAAAAGUAAAAGGUCAAAAGGUCACUUGUACAGCAAAGUUUGUUCGACCUUGAUGUGGAUGUGAGUCAGUUGUUGCUUUGAAAUGGUGUAUGAGAAUUUUAACCCUUGGCCUUCAUUGAUCUAGGUUGGGUUGCCGUCAUUGAUCUAUGACAGGUUAUCUCCAUGGCUUCUUGUAGGUUUUUUGUUGAGGUUUCUGCCACUAACCUCUGAUGAGAUUACGAAGUGUGAAAUUAUUUAUAUUUAUAUCAUUCAGAUGAAAAUAAUAUUGAGCAUCAAAUUGUGUGUGUGUUUCUGUUUGAGUAAGUUUAUAUUUUGUCAAUGACAUGAACUGACCAGCUGAUUGAAUGACAUGAACUGACCAGCUGAUUGAUUGACAUGAAUUGACCAGCUCUGUGAUCCUUCUUGUGUGUUAAAUAUUUCCAGCUGGGAAUGACUAAGUUGGUUCAUAAAUAAAUGUGUAAUGAAAUUGUUGUGAUUGCAAUGAUCAGUAUAAUUUUAUAUUUAUUUUUUUAAAAUAAAUUAUUGUAACUAAAAUUUGAAAUAUUUCAUGUGAGAAAGGCAGCUCUGUUAAAAUGAUGUAAUAUAGUUUCAUUAUUGAUGUAUCCUUUUUAGUGUAACUAUUUUUUACUUUGUGAGAAGGGAUCUGAUGUCAUAAUCUUAUGCCAAGGUUUCCCAACCUGGGGUGAUGGGGGAAUAUCAGGGUUGUGAGGAAACGGGCCUGUGAGAACAGCUGUUUAUAUAUUUCUUUAUUUACAUUUUACUUUAUGCGAUUAGUCACUAGUCGAUUGUAUUUUUCUACUGUUUGCGUUUUCAUUUCAAGCAAAGUUAGAAGCCAGUAUCUGAUCAAAUUUUACUUUUUUUAGGGCUUGAAAGAUUAUUUUCAAAUAAUUCGUAAUCCAAGAAAUAUUCAGUAAGUCAAGAGACCACAGUGGGUUGCUGGUUCUGUCUUAGCUUUAACAUAAUGCUACAUACAGCAGAGAUUCUAAAACUCUGGUACUUGUACCACCAGAGUUACAUCACUUUGUCGCAUGGGAUAAAUAAGUAUAUCAUAAAAAGACAACAGCAAAAACAUACCGAUGAAGUAUUGAAAGUAGUAAAUAGGUCAAUAUUGUUACGUCCAUGUUUAGCAGUUUAAUUUGCAUGUACAACAUUCCAUAAGUUUUUAGAACCCUGGUAAUACAUUGUGAUAACAUUAAAAUAUUACAUAAAUCAUGUCUCAACAAUGAAAAUAAAUUACAUUUUUUAUAGCUGUUAAAACCAGCUUAUGUUUUAAUAUUGUAUCAAUGAAGGUGUUCAAUUACCAACAACAUGGUGAACAACACGGUGUUCAACUCUGGAAACUGACGUGAGUUUAUGAAUCUAGAAAUGUUGACUGUGUUUCAGAAUACAACGCAUAAAGAUUGAGCAAUGUUAGCAUCAAUGAAUAUACAAGAUUUACAUCAUUUUCAUCUCAGGCUUGUUUUCCCCAAACGUUUAGCAAUGAAAUUUAGAAACAUAUACAUAUUAAUUAUAUGCAAUUUAAUAUGGAAAGAUGGUACAAGUAAAAGUAUGGAAAGAUGGCACAAGUAAAUACCUGGUAGUAUGGAAAGAUGGCACAAGUAAAUAGUAUGGAAAGAUGGCACAAAUAAAUUCUAUGGAAAGAUGGCACUAGUAAAUAGUAUGGAAUGAUGGUACAAGUAAAUAGUAUGGAAAGAUGGUACAAGUAAUUAGUAUGGAAAGGUGGUACAAGUAAAUAGUAUGGAAAGGUGGUACAAGUAAUUAGUAUGGAAAGGUAUUACAAGUAAAUAGUAUGGAAAGGUAAUACAAGUAAUUAGUAUGGAAAGAUGGUACAAGUAAUUAGUAUGGGAGAAUUAUUUGCUGUAAUAAAAUAAGAAAUCAAAGUCAAUACCGGUACUGUUUAAAACAACUCUUUCUGAGCAGUUUGCCUCCCCUUAAUUAACGUUAUGUAGAAUUUCUGCACAUAAUAAAGGGACACAAUCAUCUUUAUGAAAGACUAUUUGUGGACACUUGCAUAAAAUCCACACGUGGUAGCGAGCUGGUCAGGUCUAUGAAUAAACCGACAAGUGGUAACGAGCUGGUCAGGUCUAUGAAUAAACCGACAAGUGGUAGCGAGCUGGUCAGGUCUAUGAAUA